GCCUGCUCCGUGCAGCGAGCGAGCCGGCAGCUUGGCAGAAGGACAGGAUCUUCGGCGUGCCGCGGCACCGCGUUGCCUGGACAGUCGCUGCCCGCCCAGCGCGCCGAGACCCGCCACCCCGGACCGCCGACUCCCUUCGGCUCGGCCCGCGCGCCCCAGGCCCGGCUCGGGCGGCGCGACGGGAGGAUGAGCGGCGGGCGGCGGAAGGAGGAGCUGCCUCAGCCGCAGCUGGCCAACGGGGCGCUCAAGGUGUCCGUGUGGAGCAAGGUGCUGCGGAGCGACGCGGCCUGGGACGACAAGGAUGAAUUUUUAGAUGUGAUCUACUGGUUCCGACAGAUCAUCGCUGUGAUCUUGGGUGUCAUUUGGGGUGUUUUGCCCUUGCGCGGCUUCUUGGGAAUAGCAGGAUUCUGCCUGAUCAACGCAGGAGUCCUGUAUCUCUACUUCAGCAACUACCUACAGAUCGACGAGGAAGAAUAUGGUGGCACAUGGGAGCUCACUAAAGAAGGGUUUAUGACAUCAUUUGCCUUGUUCAUGGUCAUUUGGAUCAUCUUUUACACUGCCAUCCACUAUGACUGAUGGCCUUUGCUCCCAGCUCUUCUGUCCAGUCCAGAGGACCCUUUUAUCACAGCAGAUACAUGCUUAUUGGGACACUUCUACCACGUGGAACCAAGAAGACCCACAUCUCCUGGACUUAGAAUCAGCAAGUUGGGCAUUGGUGUUUUCUGCAAGGGUUGUGAAACUUUUCAAAGAACCAUCCACCUUUGGGAAAGCAUUUCUGAAUUUGUCCUUGGAUACCAUCAUGUAACAGCUGUUUGCCAGGUGGAGCUGCUGUGUAAUCUGAUGCGUCUCUGGAUCCAGAUGAAACAUUAAAUUGUCUUCCUUGGUUCUCCGUCAGGUGUACAGUUUUUAAACCAUCAGUGGCAUCUCAGGUCUUCUGGAAACACCGUGUGCGUGGUCCACAUAGCGCAGUACGAGCACCAUCUAACAGUCUCCAUUGUAGGAUGUUUUCAGAUACUUGAAUAAACAAGUCUUUAACUGAAA